ACAGGUCGCCAGGCGCUUCAAGCAGACUGCGUUUUAGAAACUCAUCGUCUUCCAACCACCCUUUCACUGGUGGUCCACAAGCAACUUACCAACCCCCAAGUAUUAGUUGGUACUACGAGAAUGUCCCACCAGCAGCAACUUCACCGUGUUUCGGCCAUGUUGUCUGCCGUGAUUUUGACGCUUCUUGCCGCGGCCCGUGCUGCCACCUUACCCCCUGAUGGGGGUAUCCUGGCCGGUCGGAAUGAAGCACAGUGCAGCGGCGGCUUCGAUCUGUAUUUCGUCUUGGACAGAUCGGGAAGCGUGACCAACCAGUAUUUUCAGGAGCAGACAGUGGACUUUGUGGAGACAUUACUGAGAAGUUUUACAAGUUCCAAGAUGCGAGCCUCGUUCAUCACAUUCUCGAGUCGAGACGAGUCCAGCGUGAUCAUGAAACUGACUCGCAACAGACGAGCCAUGGAGGCAGGCAUUAGUGAUUUACGUCAACUUGGCACAUCGGGAGGAACAUUCCUCCAGAAGGGUCUGGCGUUGGCCAAUAAGCAGAUUCGCGAUUCAGACGAUGGUACAGCCAGUGUUAUCAUUACAUUGACGGAUGGAAUUCUUGACGACAGACAGGCGGCAGCUGAGGAGGCGGACAUCUCACGCUCUCUGGGAGCUAAAGUCUUGGCGGUCAGGGUAGGAGACAGUAGUUUGAGGGACCUGCAGAAGGUAGCUGAUCCGCCGGCCAAGGAACACAUCUUCAGAGGGGACACGUUCAACGAUCUCCAGUCCAUUAUCACCCAGAUUGUCAAUACAUCUUGCAUUGAGAUUCUCUCAGCUUCUCCUACGUCAAUCUGCGCUGGUGAGGCCUUCAAUGUCAGCAUCACCGGCAACGGUUUCACCAAGACCGACAACGUCAGUAAAGUGAUCUGCAACUUCCGGCUCAACGACACAGAUAAUCAGGAGGUGCAUCCGAUCUCUGUGUCGUCAAGUCACCUCUUGUGUCCAGCACCAAAGAUUGAAACAUCUGGCAGCUUUGUGGUGUUGCAAGUCUCGGUCAAUGGGAUUUCCUUCAUUUCAAGUAACGUGACCAUCAAGGCCACAAACUGCAUACAGCCGGACGUGACAGGUGCCGUGCUUGGAGUUUUCCUGGCACUUCUCAUUCUCGGACUGUUGGCCCUGUGGUGGUUCUGGAAUUUACUUUGCUGUGUGGUUGUGAAAGCUCCACCCCCACCCCCAACACCGGAACCCGAGUCGCCCUCCGGCAAGAAGUGGCCGGCAGUCAACGCCUCGGUGUACGGCGGAGGAGGAGUAGGCGGCAUGAAGCCCGUCACGGUUCGUUGGGGCGAUAAGGGUUGCACUGAAGGAGGAUCUCAUCUGGAGAAAGCUAAAGAUGCGAAGGUCGUCAAAGAAGUAGAUGAAAGUGCAGCCAUCAGAUACGGAGCCCCAGGAUGCAUGGACAACUUCAAGAAAGCACUUGCCGCCUGUUUCACUCCAAUCAGAUCUUUGUAUGAUCGGAUAUCUGUCAUGAGACCGGCGCCGGGACAAAAGGGAUGUUGCUGCCGAGUUGAGAAUGGGCCGGUUCGUAUUUAGGAGUGUGCCACAAUCCCCAGUGAUUAUGCUAGACUGGAUUGGAUAGUUAUCAGGGUACCUUGAAGGGAUCAGACAUCGAGAGGUUUUAUCCGCCCAGAAUCAGAAGAAAGACACUAUUGUCUUUUGUUUUCGUUUUAUUAAAGACAAGCCACUAAGUUAAGCUUUAAUGCCUGAAGCAUUUCUGUGCAUGGUACUUUGUAACUUCUAAUAUGCUCCACAAACAAAGGCAUGUUUAAUGACAAAUGUUACGAUUUUUUUUUAUUUGAAGUGGAAAACGAUUAGAAUGAAUUCUCAUUGUUUUUGCCAGCAUUGAGUAUUGUAUGAAGAUACAAAAACAUGAAAAUAUAUCAGUACGUUUUGUAUUGGAGUACUCAGUUAAAUACUGCUAUUUGUUGCUUAUGCCCGUACUAUUUACAUUCCUAUAGUAUAUUUCUAUAGUAUAUGCAAAAUGAGAAUGAUUUACUUCCAAAUAUUGAUCCCACAUCUUGAGAUUUUCGUCCUUAUCAUUUGUAUAUAGAAAUAUGCAUGUACAAUUUGCGUGUAUAAAAUUUAAGUUUGUGGGUCUAAUUUGUGUUAAUUUUCCCAGUACCAUUUUUGCAUAUAUAUAUAACUUAAAUUCUUUAAGAUCAUUUAGUUCUUGUGUAAAAAUACGAACUGGCUUCGUUUGUAGCUGCUGUUAAUAUUGUCAUUUUAUACUAAGAUUGCUGGCAAUUGUUUAUAAAUAAGUGACUGCUAUACAAUUUCCGCUCAAGAAUUUGGCAUUUCCUAAACUUUAAACUCUGCUUCAGUCUGCCCCUCACAACCACCACACCCCUCACCAGAUUGUGCACUGGUCCAUUCAUUGUUCAAAAUGCUAUUGUUCUGCGUUACUGCAUGGAAUUUCCAUAAGCCACGCACUGUAACUAUGCUGUUGCGUGCUGCUGGUGGUGAGGUGUGGUCGUUUGUGGAGGGCUGUGCAGGGUUUGGUUCAUGGGAUACUGGGCGUGGUUGGUAUGGGCAUUGAUGGAAGGUCUUUGGCUACCAUGACCAAGUAAGUGUGGAGCUAAGUUAGGGCAUAUAUUUUGAUGCACUUAAUUAAGACUAUCUGUUUUCCGAGUUUGUUUGCGCAAUCUUGUAGUUAUGGUUAAUGUAACUUGUGGCCAACAUCAUUAUUCAAAAAUAUUAUCUAAAAUUUAGUAGUUGUCCAUUAUUUUGAAUGCAUGUAAAAUCA